AUGCGGUCUUACCUGCCAACUCUUCUCCUCCUGCUCACGCAAGGAGCUUAUUCUCUCCCUCAGAAGGCUACCGAGAAGACAGUCCCUGCUCCUCCAAGCCCUGAACCCAUUAAGCUUCAGACUCUGCCUCUUCCGCCGGCCAUUGCGGAUGACGCUGGCCCGGGAGACUGCAACUCGACCAUCAAUCCGAAGGGAACAGGCUGCACCGGGAAGACACUGCAUCUCGGGUCCGGUAGCUUCUUACCCGACGGGAAACACGUCCUCGUUCAAGUCACUUUUGUCGGCGCGCCUGCGGCACCUGACAAGGCCAGCAUCUAUACCGGAACCCAACUCAUCACUGUCAAGACCGAUGGAAGCAAAUUCCCCAACGGAGAUCCUUGGAAAUGUCUGAGCUGUGGCGUCUACCGAGAGAAGACAGAGGAGCUCGAAUAUCCUCAGGCAUUUCGUGAUGGGAAACGCGCACUGGGCGGCUCCUCCAUUCUCGACUGUGGAAAAUACGAUCUAGUUGACCCCCGUUGCACACCUCAAGUCGCAAAGUGGUAUUCCAUUCGCUGGAACACCAAUGCCGACGGUUCAGGUCCUGGUGGUGACAUCAGAGAGCUCCGUCUUCACCCGGAUAACGUGCACUUGGGUUUCAAUUCUUUCACCCAGGUCGACGGCAAGCUUGGUCAGAAUGCCUACUUCUCCAGGCUCAUCUUCAACCCGUCUCCCAAAACUGGCCUCCCCCUUGGUCCUAGAUAUGACCUCCUCAAUGUUACCCUACUCGCCGACCCAAGCGAUACACAGCCAAUCGAGGUCAAGGGAGACGAGUUGGUCAUAAACCCCGGGGCUAUCACAGUGGGAGAGCUUAGAGGCUUCACCGGUGAUGGAAAAGAGGUGACCUACGUCGGCUAUCCUAGUGAAUCGUCAAACAUUGACGCCUAUGCUGUCGAUCUGACCACCGGAGCAGUCCGGCGACUAACCAGUCACCCUGAAUACAUCGACCCUCUGGACUUUUCGCCGGACAGUCAAUGGCUUGUCGCAAUUGAUACCCGCGGCACUGAUCGUCAGAUGUGGCUCUCUGGUAUGCGCCACAUCCCCCCAAUCACAGACUUGGUCAGCACGUCAGUGACAUCUGCCACCCGCAAUAACGGCCGAAGACGAUUCUUUCGACCAUAUUUACUUGACAAGUAUGGCGAUCGAGGAGACUACUACGGACAGAGACUCAACGGCCAAGGAUCUGGUGUGGCUGGCAGUGGUGACUACAACGACCCCGAGUGGAACGCCAGAGCUGAUCCUCGGUGGUCUCCUGAUGGCACCCAGGUUGUGUGGUGGGAUGAGAUUACACUCUCCCCGGCGUGCGGAGGUCAGAACCCUCUCCCAUGCUAUCCCUCCAAGGAACCUUGGGGCAGAGCUCAGCGUGUGGUUGUGGCAACUCUCACAAGCCGCAAGCCAUACGCGCCUGUCAAGGUCAAGGCAGCAUCGGAUACCGUACCUUGGGGUAUUCGGUAUGUUCCCGGCAGCAAAGACGUGGCUCGCCCACGGGUUCCAGCUGGAAACUACACACUGCCCGGAAAGCACAGCGGAUACGCCAAGAUCCGGCUCCGUGACAAUUCUGCUGGAUCUCUCAGCACUGUCAGCGUGGAAUACUUCAAGUUUUCGGACGAUGGCAAGUUUGUUCUUAACGGCACAGAGAGCGUCAAGGCUACAGCAGGGUCAGCGACAUUGACCUUGGUCGACUGGCGAUCUGAUCUCGUCCAGAAAGUGGGCAAAGUUGUGAACACAAAGAAGACUAGCCCUGAUGGAUUUCAGUUGUCGAUUGAUGUCAUGACUAAUAUCUUCAAUGCUAAUGGAACACUGACGACAACGGUGGAUGGCAAGACUUACCGCCAGCCUGCGAAUGGUACUUAG